AUCACUCUUUUUUCCGUUGUAGGUAAUUAGGGGCCCAGGAAAGAUGGUUAUUUCCUAAAUGGACAUCCUUACACUGCCCAAUAAUGUGACUGAAUUUGUUCCCCUGGAACUCAAGCAGAAUCCACACUUACAGAAAAUACUCUUCACCGUCUUUCUGUUCAUUUUCCUAUUCACUGUGCUGGCCAACUUACUCAUUGUCAUCACCAUCUCCCUCAGUCCCACGCUUUCUGCUCCCAUGUACUUCUUUCUCACUCACUUGUCCUUAGAUGCCUUCUUCACCUGUGUGAGCACGCCCAAAUUGAUCACUGACCUGCUGCAUCAUCUCCGGGGUGGCUGCCUGACUCAGCUCUUUGUGGAGCACUUUCUGGGAGCAUCAGGGAUCAUCCUUCUGAUCGCCAUGGCCUAUGACCGCCAUGCGGCUAUUUGCAAACCUCUGCACUACACGACCAUCAUACGAAAAGGGUUCUGCCAGCUCCUGGUGGUGGUGUUCUGGAUCGGGGGGAUCCUACAUGCCACUGUGCAGAUUCUCUUUAUGGUCGACUUGACCUUCUGUGGUCCCAAUGUCAUUGACUACUUCAUGUGUGAUUUCUUCUCCCUGAUGGAACUUGCCUGCAGCGACACCUACCGACCCGGAAUGGUGGUGGCAACUAACAGUGGGGGCAUGUGAGUGCUUAUUUUCUCCGUGCUGUUGGUCUCUUAUAUAGUCAUAUUGAGCUCUCAGAAAUCCCAUGGCUCUGAAGGAAGGCGCAAAGCCCUCUCUACGUGUGGCUUCCACUUUACAGUAGUGGUAUGCUUUUUUGUCCCUUGUAUAUUAACUCGCUUACGCCCUGUAGCCACUUACCCUACAGACAAGUGGGUGGCUGUGUUCUUUGCAAUCUUCACUACCAUGCUAAAUCCUAUUAUUUAUACAGUGAGAAAUGCAGAGGUUAAAAAUGCCAUGAGGAGUUUGUUGAAGAAGAGAAUAACUUAGAGUAGUCAUGAGCCAAUUUAGUAUCAUUUGUGUACCUAGGGAGGAUUGUACCUAUUGUAGGUUGUGAAAGAAUACUAAGAAUUUGCAGGUCACUGGCAGAAAAUAAAUACCUAGAAUCUAAUACUUAUUGAUGAUUUAAUGACUAGGUGUAUUUUAGGCACAUUCAUAAAUUUUGCUGCACUUUACUGAGGCUUCAGUGUUCGUGUUCAUAGAUUCAGACUGGACAAUGGAAAGAACAA